CUGUGACAACACUGAGAACACCUGUGGGCGGCUCACACGCCUAUCAUACACACUCGUACACACACCUCAGGCACACACACACAUCCUGAGCGCUGAGGAGUGAGGUUGAAUGAAGAAGAGAAAGGAAGAGCAAUAGGGCCUUUAGCACUCACGGCUCUACAACUCAUUGGAAUCUCACUUGGAGGAUGAUCCUGCCUCCUCGGGUGUAGGAGAAUGAGAGGACUGCUCUUGAUCCUGUCCUCACUUCUCAAGGAGGACGAAGCCGGACGCGGAGGAUGAACCUGUAUUCUCGUGUUUACCCUGGUGGAUUUAUUCUCUUUUCUCGUGAACUUGGAUUUAUUUGUCGUUCAUUUUGACUUGGUGUCAUAUUGUGGGAGUGUGUGUGUGUGUGUGUGUGUGUGUGUGUGUGUGUGUGUGUGUGUGUACGGCAUCACCCCCCUCACACACUGCAACUCCCUCCCCCACCCCCAAACCCAGCUGUGGGAUAUGAGGCCUCCGCUCUUGCUGCUGCUGCUGGUUACCUGCUGCUCAGGUCAAGCAAACAGUAUCGAGGUGUACUUUCAGUCUGAAAAUUUCCACAACGUGCUUCACUGGGAAAAAGUCGACAUUCCAGGCCAGACGGUGCGCUACAGUGUAGAGGUCGGCAAGUAUGGUGAAGACUUAAGGCCUAAGCCAGAAUGCCAGAAAAUUACCAGGCUGUCAUGUGACCUCACAGAAGAGACAGCAGAACGCCAUGGAAAAUAUAGAGCAUCUGUGUUUGUCAAUGGCCAGGAGAUGGGAAGCACAUCACACACAUUCUCUCCAUACUAUGACACCAUUCUAGGUCCACCCAAUGUGACGGUGACAUUCAAUGCCAGCGGGGAGCAGGGCUCUCCUGUGAUGCUAGUGAGAGUGGGACUGCCCAAUGGACCCAACAACAGGAGCAUAAGGGAGUUCCUGCCUCAACCUAUCUUUUACAAUGUCACACUCACGCACCACGAAUCAGGAGAAACGCUGACGAAAGAGUACACAAACACAUCUGAGCUGUUUGUCAUCGGCCAUUUGCAAGGAAAAACCACAUACUGUGGCACCGUGACCUACUACCGAGACCGUCGAAGACCACAGAGCAAGGCCUUCACAUUUUGUGAGACUUCACCAGGGGAUGCAGGACUCCUUUUCCUAAUUCUACCCGUUGGGAUCGGACUGUUCCUGUUCCUCCUCGCCGGGAUCUCGGCUGUCACGUGGCGAUUCUUAACAAGGAAGAAGGCUGCGGAGCUAGAAUCGCUGAACUUUCAAAGCUUUGACCCAUGGCUGCUGAACACCUAUGAAAAACAAACCAUUUCAACAGUGCAACUCCAGCCAGAGAAGCCUGGACAUCACGACACCGUCAUGCCACUUAACAAAAAGCGUCCGCUGUGGGAUAAAACGGUGGAUGGAGGCUACGCCCCACAGGACGACUGUACAGAGCUGGCCUGGCACUGCGAAUCCUACGCCAACCAGGAGGUGGAUACGUCUGGGGAGCCGCAGCAGGACAGCGGAAUGUCCAACACUACCUACAGCGUGGUGGUCACGGUGGCCCAGGUCCUCAACAGCAGCGGAGAUGAGGGAUCUGCCACCACAAACGAGAGCUCAGGGACUAGUCGUUUGACUAACGAUCGCUCACGACCCACUUCCACAAAUGAGGAUCCCAGAGGGCCCAGUCCUUCACCCAAUAGCUCCUCACCCAAUAGUCCCUUGACCACUGGUACUUUGCCCAACGGUACCUUACCCAGUGGUUCCUUACUCAUUGGCCCCAUGCCCUCCAUGCCUAAUGGACCCACCCUGCCAGUCUCAGGGUUGUUUAAUCCCCACACUAAAGAGGCUGCUGACAAUGCCCCCCAUAGCCCAGAGUCUGCACCGCUGAGAUUGCAGACCUCCCUGUCUCCCGGAGGAGGCCUGAGACUCACCAUCCAGAUACCCUCUCCAAGGGCCAGUGGCGGGGCCUGCAGCCUAGAGGAGGAGCCCUCGGAGCGGACUGCCCUGCUGCCAGAACCCCCUGGGCCUGGAGAUGGAGGAGCUGGAGGAGGCUCCGGGGAGAGACUGAUUCUGCCCACACUCUCGAGCCUCAUUAUGGAGGAGAGCAUGGGCGAGUCUCCUGAUGAGGACUGUAGUGAUACGGAGGAGAGCAGGAUGGACACUUACACUCACACCCACCCCCUCGCUCACAUUUCAGAUGAGAAUGAUGUAGAUCCCACUCCACUUCUGCCAUCUUCUUACCUGCCCGUCCAGGAACAUUUCUGCCCCGCCCACCCAGGUGUGCCAUUUGUCACGGGUUUCACAGAUGUGCCGUCAAACGAUGCAUCGACCGAUUAUAGACAGAAUUGGGUGCCCGAUGUGGCUCAACAGGGGACAGGAGGGGCGAUGGGUUUAAACAGCAUCUGGGGCAACUCUGCGGAAGGGGAGGAGGAGGAGGAGCAAGAAGAAGAAAGCAGUGGUGGUAUCUUUUUGGGAGGCUGGGUGGUCCAGAUACCAAGCUGAUGGUAAUUUUAAAAGAGAAAUAGAAACAGUGGUUUAGUUGGGAGCCGGGUUCGACUCCAACUCAAGGUCAUUUCCCAAUGCAUCCCCCAUCUCUCUCUCCCCACUCAUUUCCUGUCACACUCUCUCAAUGUACUGUCCAAAUAAAGACGUAGCAGUCCAAAAAUAUCUCAAAAUCUCUGUGGACUGAGCCCUGAGGGUAGAUAUUGAUCCGUGGGAGAGAGAGAGAGAUGAGAGGCAAAGGCAAUGAGACAAGGAAAAAUGAGAUCUAAGAGAAGGCAAGAUAGAGAGAGACGAGAGGGAGGGAUGAGAGGUGUGAAUGUAUUACAGUAUGUCUGUUGGGGAGUGAGGAAUGAUAAGGACAGACAUGAGACAGGGAACGGAGAGAUUCGACAGAGGGAAUGAUGGAGAUGAGAAGGAGGGGAAAGAGAGAUGCAUGAUAGGAAAAGAGAGAGAUGAGAGGAUGGUAGAUUGUUGAUCAAAAGUGCUUUAUUUGUUUACCACCAAAGACAGAACUGUUGUUGUUGUUUAAACUACAAACUUAGAAUUAAAAUCGUGAAGGUUGUGAGGGACUUUUCCACUGGAUCCAUGAAAAGCUGUACUGUGGAGACUGACGAGAAAUGAAACCGUUCUUUAACAUUUAAAUCUUUUAAAAAUUAUGUGUGAAAAUUUUUUGUUUUUCAAGUCCUGCCAAAAUGUGUCUUUCAGCAUUUUGCUUGACCGUAGACAUAUAUGAUAAUGCAGAUUUUUUUUAAAAAGGAGGCAAACUUCCGGAACCUAUAUCUGAAAAUCAUUUGAAAAAGUGAAAGUUUGAUCAAAUAGUUUGGUCC